CACUGUGAGUCCACAUCAUUUUUGGAGCGCAAUAAAGAUUCUGUUAGAUAAUCCAAAAAGGACAACAUGGUUUUAAUUGUGCUGUCCAGAGCCCUUCUCCUAGUCUCUCUGCUUCAUCUUUAUUCUCAAAGUGUGGAGUGUGAGCCUGUGGACAUUAACACUCUGCACGAAAUUACAAGAUUCUUUCAUCAGAAUUAUGAAAUAGGGCAGUAUGCAGUAGCCAUCAAUGUCCCAAAGAAACAGUGUAAGAAAGGUUUCAAACCGUCAACAUCUCGCGACUUCCUGAGAGAAGACAGAAAUGUAGAUGUGAGAAAGAUCAUAAGUGCUGAUAAAAAUCCAGUUUAUGAAGGCAAAGAACUCAUUGCUGCAGGUGUACAGACGACACCAAACCCUGCUCAUUCAGAGUUUUUACUGAUGAACCCUCCAGAUGAUUCACCCUUGACAAGAUUGUUGAAUAAGAGAAAGAAUGGUUGUGUGGUUUUCUACACCUUAAACUCUCCCUGUAUGAAAACCUGUCUCAAUGACAGAGGCAAGUUCAACAUUAUAGGUGGGCUUAAUAAAUUAAAAAACUAUGGGGGAAUUAAAGCUUUUGUUUUCAAAAACAUCUGGCAUCAUGAUCGAAACAGAACAAAUGAGCUGAGAGAGAAAUUUCAGAUGAUUGCUAGUCACAUUCCACUCUACCGCUGUGAACCAGAAAACUGUACCCUUUGUGGUUCAAACACUCAAAUAAAGGGGGCUUGUUUAACUAACUAACUUUUUUUCUUAAAUGCUUAUUUUAAUUUUACAGUGCUAAGGUACU